GGCACGAGCACCGAAGCCCUCCUUACAGUGACGGUGUCAGCCAAACGUGUGAUGUUAGACACCUUGAUGGCCCACCUACCUGACCGCACCCAGUCAGAGAUACAGGAUAGACUGGUGGUCUAUUGUUCGGAGCAGGCCCACCCCAGUAUGGAGCGUGUAUCGGAGGUGGCCGGGGUGAGACUCAAGCGGCUGUGGACGGACAAAGGGGGCGUAAUGCACAGUGACACGCUCAGGUUCGCCAUUGAGAAGGACAAACAGAAGGGUUAUUUCCCUUUCCUGGUGAUAGCCACAGUGGGGACCAUUGCCAGCACGUCAGUGGAUCAGAUUGGGAAGAUAGGACCUGUCUUGUCGGAUGAAGUGCCCAAGGUGUGGUUCCAUAUCGAGGCUGGCUACGCCGGAAGCUCCUUUAUCUGUCGGGAGUACCAGCCCUUGCUGCACGGGAUAGACUUCGCCGAUUCCUUCUCUAUGUCUGCACACAAGUGGAUGCCGGUACACAUGGACUGUGCUUGUCUGUGGGUGAAGAAAGCGUCGUACCUAACCAACACGUUCGGCUGUGAGGAUCCUGACGGGCCCUUGACUCUGCACGCUGACGACAAAAACGCCAUGGCGGAUUACAGGGACUGGAGUCUGCCCAUGACCAGGCGGUUUCGCGCCAUGAAGCUGUGGAUGGUGUUCAAACUGUACGGUACUAAAGGACUGCAGCAGAAGAUACGGGAGGAAGUCCGACGGGCCAAAGAGCUGGAGAAGAUGAUCGCUGAGGACCACAGGUUCGAGACUAUGGGUGACGUCAUGUUCGGCCUGGUCGCCUUCCGCUGCAAG